GCAAGAACAUUUUCUGUUAUCGAUGAUUUAGGACAUAAUUACUCACUAUUGCGCAUCAUCACGAACCAGUUCGUUGCCUGCGUUCUAUAGCACCAGCUACAGAGGGAGCAUCAUAAUAUUGAGAUCCACGAACUGAAAUUAAUUUCUACUGAAGUAGACUGGACUAUCCGUACACAAGAUGCGCGUUGUAGUAACUCUUACGAUGUGCUUGCUGGGGCUGGGGCAGGAGGGACUGUGUCGCUAUAAGGACUGGAAGCCGGUGUCUGCAGACCCUGCCGUGUUGUCCACUUUGAAGGGUAUGACGGGUCAAAACAGCUCCCGCAUCCUUGGGUCCCGAACACAAUGCUGGAGCUGGGCUUCUACAAAAGACUGGGCUUUCAUAGCCUGUUACACUCCUCUUAUUGGUUUGUCGGGGAACUGCACCCUGUGGGAUGACAAGCCCAUCAGAAAUGGGCAGGUGAACCUGACGGUCUCAUCAGAGUCAAACAACUGCUUGGCUGUCUUCGGGACUGACGCUUGUGUCCUGCCGGGAAAUUCCCUCCUGAAGGUCGGAGAAAUGCGAGCCAACCCGUUCUGCACGAACCUGCAGGACGUGUGUCUGCCCAGUGGCAUCGUGGACGUGAAUAAACCAGUCGCGCCUCUUCAGAACUGCACUUCCCCUUUCACUGUCUCUGGUGGCAUGUGUCUCAUGGUUUACACGGCGAAUAAGAAAAACUGGUGCUACGCGCGUGCAUACUGCCUGUCUCUGGGAGCUGACCUCGCCUUUGCGCGCUCCGACCAAGACUUCGCGCAAAUGCAAGCGUUCUGGAAGUCAUUCGGAAUGACAGGUGAGUGGUUGUGGGUUGGCAGCUACAAGAUCAAUGGACAGUGGGUGUGGCUCAACAGCUUCAGGAACCCGUACACUAUGCCGGACUGGUAUCCUGGACAACCCGACGGCGACUUCUGCGGUCAUCUCUACACCUCUGAUGCCAAGUUAGCGGAUGUGGGCUGUGCCACGGCAAAUUACUUCAUGUGUGGGGCUUUGUCAGCUCUGUAACUUUGCAUGUGAAGUUGGUCAAGCGGCUUUCACCAUAGAUCGUGAGGCAUAUACCAUAAGGCAACCUCGUUCUGCAGCACAUUAUACUGAUGAAAACGUAUACUGAUAAUACGAAAAUAACACAAUUCUUCUUCUCUUCAUGAAGGCACUCGACAAUUGCAGAAGAUUGUGCACAAGCUCUUUCUUCCAUUUCGGCAUCCGAAUUGUUCGUGCCGACACAGAUGUUUAAAAAUAAAUUUACAAUUUUGAUCGACAAUGACUUUUAAAUAAAA